CUCACUUAAUAUUGAAGCGAUCUGGGCGGGGCUUGCCUUCACGAAGAUGGCUGCUUACAGGGCCCAUGAGUUUGGCUGCCUUACAUGGCGGCUGUUGGGGCAGCAGAGAGGCGCCGCGGCUGGGUUACGGGUCACCCUGUCAGGGGGGCUAGCCCGGGACUCCAUGUCUCCCCCUGGGGCAGCUGUCAGGGGCUAUAGCUGGCACCCCAAAUCGGUGACAGCGAUAAGUAGGACCAUGCUGCCCCUGGCAGCGCCAUACACCGGGCUUAUCACCUGCUGGCGAGGGUACCGUGCUGGGUGGCGGUGGCAGGAGGCCGGGAAGGACACCCGGUGGGUGUGGGGCCUGGUGUUUGCAGUUGGGGGUGCACUGGGGGUGGCCCAGACCCUGAGAUACUCCCUGGGGGAGCAGAGGGCGGAGGAGGAGCAGCAGCAGGUACCAGAUGGCGGUCUGCAACUCACACUAUACCAAUACAAAACCUGCCCCUUCUGCAGUAAGGUCCGGACCUUCCUUGAGUAUCAUCAGCUGCCACAUGAGAUUGUAGAAGUCAAUCCUGUUAUGCGAAAAGAGAUUAAAUUCUCCAGUUACAGGAAGGUUCCGAUCCUCAUUGCUGACGCUGGAUGCCCUAUACAAUUAAAUGACUCAUCUGUGAUCAUCAGCGCAAUAAAAACUUUCCUCAUCUCCAAAAGGAAAAGCUUGGAAGAAAUUGUCUCUUAUUAUCCAGCUAUAAAAGUCACAAAUGAAAAAGGGAAGGAAGCGGUGGAGUACCAGAACAGAUACUGGCUCAUGCUGGAUGAGCAGGAGACGAAGGAGCUGUAUGCACACAAAGAGACGCAGAAGGAAGAAAUGAAAUGGCGACGGUGGGUAGAUGACUGGCUGGUCCACCUCAUCUCUCCUAACGUGUACCGCACACCAGGGGAAGCACUUGCCUCCUUUGACUACAUUGUACAGGUGGGGAACUUUGGCCCAGUGGAAGGCAUCUUUGCCAAAUAUAUAGGAGCGACAGCCAUGUUUGUGAUUGGCAAGAGACUGAAAAGCAGGCACAACUUAGAGGAUGAUGUCCGUCAGGAUCUGUACAAAGCAGCCAACCUGUGGGUGGCAGCUGUGGAGAAACACGGGAAGUUCCUAGGCGGCUCACAACCAAACCUUGCAGACCUGGCUGUUUAUGGGGUCCUCAGAGUCAUGGAGGGCUUACAGUCAUUCGAUGAUAUGAUGUCAAACACCAAGAUCAAGCCAUGGUACCAGGGGAUGACGAGAGCCAUUUAUGAACAUGCCAACAGGCAAUGAAAGGUCAUUAUAUGGGACUUCCCUGUCCUUCCAAGGGCUUUAUAUCAGGACAAAAAACAAAUUGCAGCUGCUUACUUGGUCAGUGGUUCUUCAGACUCUCUUGCAUGCUGGUAAGCGGGUGUGGAAGAUUUUGCUUAUGGUUAGGUGCUCUUAUGGAUACAUGUUAAGAAAUUUGGGACAGUCUAGUUCAUUUUAAACACAACCAUAGUGCAUAUAGCAUUGUGUUGAAAUCAGAAGAGGGGUAUUUAACCCUAUGCUCAAGUAGCCAUGGCAUCUAAUAGAUACUGCUGCCUAACGUUUGGAACUGCUUUUUUAUUUGAAUCAUCAGUGGAUAUACAUGUUCUUGGCUCCUGAAGAGACUUCCUAGAUCUGACGGACAUGCUCCGGAAUGCUUUUCCCAUCCUAGCCCAUGCAUGGUGAUCUAAACAUGAGAUGGGAGGGUGUACUAUUUCUCCAGCACUGAGUUUAGUGAAUGCUUGCUGGUGAGAGCUUUUUGAAAAUAAUCGCAAGCAAGGAUUGAUGAAAAAAGAAACCAGUUUUGUGCUUUUAUGAUGGAAAGGUUGAAAAAAAGAAAUUAAAAUCUUUGCAACUGUGUUAGAUGCCCUGAAAUCACGGGCUUGGCUUGCCAUUGCACUGGACUAUGUGAAACUACCACACACUUAACGGUAUAUUAUGUAAAAGAGGAGGAAUGGACAUUAUUAAGCAUUAUCUUGUCUUAUUCUAUGACAUUAUAACCUCCUAGAUUAUUUUUUUUAUAAAAAGAAAAAGUGGGUAUGGCUUAGUUAAUAAGAGAAUACACAUAAUGUAACAUAAAGCACUAGGGAUGACCAGUGGUUGUAAACCUCUAUGGCAGUGUUUCCCAACCACGGUCCUCAAGGCACACUAACAGUCCUGGUUUUAGUGAUAUCCAGGCUUGAGCACAGGUGACUUAAUAGUACCUCAGUUAUUUUGAUUCAACCAUCUGUGAUGAAGCCUGGAAAUCACUAAAACCUGCACUGUUGGUGUGCCUUGAGGACCGCGGUUGGGAAUGCCUGCUCUAUGGUAUAAAACCAUUGACAGGGGAAGUUCAUCUCUGCUCUAUUACUGAUUGGGCCUAUAGGAGUUGGGGGCGGGGCUUUGUGAGUCGCAUCUGAGGGUGGUGCUAAGUUACGUGUUCUGGCACCAAGUAGACAGGGAGGAAAAAUAAAUAAAGGGCUCUGUACCAUUGAUGGCGGAGAACCAUUAGUUGUCCAACCCCAUUUUUAAAAAAAAAUUUCAAGAGCAUUUGUGGAUCCCUUCCCUUUUAUGGGUUUCUCCACUUACUUACAGCAGAGGCAGCCAUUUUGUAGACUGAACCAUCAUCACUGAAACUGCAGCCCAUGCUUUCACUCAGUCAGGCCAUCUUUGAGGCACUUUAUCAUGGCUGUCGAUUUUUUUUCGUUACCUCAACAUUAAGUAGACAAGUUCUCUUUAAUGAUACAAACAUGACAAAGUCUAGUUAUAACCUAGCACUGUAGGAUAUUGCAUUACUGUGUGGGCUAUUUCUGUAUCGUGCAUAUACUGUAAUAAGGGUGAUCUUUCUCUAUGGACAGCUGGUCCGAAGAUGAAACCUUUUAUUUCUUACACUCAAGGAAAUAUUAAUAGGUUUGUCCUUUUAAUAAAUUGUGGAUCUUUUGCCUAAAA